AUGAAGCCUUAAAAAAGGGACCAAAAGAUUCUCCUUUAGUUGAAAGAAUAAAUAAAUGACCCAGCUGAUUCAUUUUUUUUAGGACUCGCUUUAAAAAAGGAGUAGAAAAAUCACAAAUCAAUGUCUCAAUGUUUAGAGUAUUUAAAUGAGUUGAUUGUUAAAGUGAAUGAUAAAUAAAAAUAGCUUAACAAGCAAGACGAUCAAUUUUGGAAACUUUCUAUAUAUUAUGAUUACUUGCAGGAAGUAGAUACUGAUAAAACUUGCUAUCAAUUCUUGUAAAAAUACAUCGACCUCCCAAAAGAUGACACUGAUAAAGAUUGGAAUACUGAAUAGACAGAAGGUCAUGACAAUUUCAAUCACUCGUUUCAAGCCAAGAAAUAAAGACAAAAUACUUUGAGCUCUAGAAAUAGUGGUCAUUUUUCACCAUCAUUCAUGAGGGAAAGGAAAGCGCAUAAAGAUUUAGAAAAUAGCUUUGAACCAAAUGGUUUUUAAAAGGAAAAGCAUAACAGUUAAAUAGAAAAUCAGCAUCAAUAAUAAACCCAUUCUAAUUAAAAAGAAAAGGAAUAAUAGCACAAUCAUAUUUAAGAGCAGAUUUAAAAGUAGUAUGAGCAAACCAAACAAAAUUAGAUUGAUCAACAUGAAUAAAAUUAGCAUCAAUAACCUUAUUAAUAAUAUGAAUAAAUAGAGCCUUAAACAUGCUGUAAGUGUUAAAACAAAAUUCAUUAAAGUGAUAUUUUGCAACUUGUUUGCGAGCAUUCUUAUCAUGUGAAUUGUUUUAAAAAGGAAGCAUCAGCAUUAUUAGAGUAAGAAAUAUUUCCCAUAAAAUGUUUAGAAAAUGACUGCAUUAAUAUUCCAAAUAUGGAUUAAAUGGGUUGCUUAUUAGAUAAACGUAAUUUUUAACUCUAUCAAGACAGCUAUGAAAAAUAUCAUACAAAUCAAGGAAGAAUAAUUAAAUGUCCAAAUAACAACUGUAGAUAAAAGAUGCUUUAUGGAAAACCAAAAGAAAAAUUUGCUAAAUGUAUUUUUUGUAGCUAGGAAAUAUGUUUAAUUUGCUACAGAAUUCGUCAUAAUGGUUUAGAUUGUGAACAAGUCUUAAUGUUAAAUCCAAAAUAAAUUGAAGAAAUAGCUGCUCAAAACAAACAAAAAAUGAAUAAAGAAUGUCCAAAAUGCAAAAUCGUUCAUCGUAAUGAAGACUGUCUAGAUCAAUUGAGAUGCGUUUGUGGUACUAAAUUUUGCUGUACUUGCUUAAAAGAUCCAUCUAAAUGCAACUGUUCUGCAUAGGUGAAUUCGAAAUCUUAUGUUUCUAACCAUAAUGCUAACAUUUCUUCAUAUAGUUAUUCAUAGCCUAGAUAACAAAACAGUAUUUAAAAUAAUGGCUAUAAUGAUUAUUAAGCUUACAAAAAUAAAUCUGGGUCAAGAAUUAGGUCAACUGAUUAAUCUAAAAAUAAUCUUCGUUCUAUGAACACAACAUACUCAUAGAUAAAUGAUAAACAGAAUACUCAUAUAAAUGCUACAAAUCCAUCCUCACCUCAACUAUUAAAUGAGUUCAAUAAUAAAAAUGGGUAGUAAAAUAAUAUUUAAAAGUAGCAAACCUCUUAUUAUCCCAAUAAUUUAUCUUAAUCUAGGGACUUUUACACUGAGAAUAAUACAAAUUAUUAUCCAGAUACAACAAUUACAAGAUACAACGAAACAAAUAAUAACUAGAUUUAGUCAAUAAAUUCAGAUAAAAGAGCAAAUUCUCCCCCUUACCAAUAAAACCAUCACUAUCACCAUUAAUAGUAUAAAAGCUAUGAAAACAACAGAAACAAUCCAGAAAUCAAUAGUAAAAGUAACACUGUUGAUAUUAUGAAUACCUCUAACAAUAAUAAUUCUAACAAAUAUCCUGAAAAAUCUAAUUUACCAUACAAUUAUAAGGGUUAAUAAUAUAAUAGUAACAACAACAAUAGUCAAAACUAUAACAAAUAAAAUUAGUAAAAUGAUAACUUGAAUUAUCACAAUUAAAGCUAAAACAGACAAGGUAAUCAUUAAAGUGACAAUAAGUAAAAUGAUAUUAAAUAAAUUUAAUCCCCUCACAAUGAUAAUUAAAAUUAUAAGCAACAAAAUGGUGAAAUUUAAAAGAAGUAGCUAGAUCAUUAGUAAAAAUCUCAACAAAAUAAUGAAAAUCAUUAGAAGUUUCAUCAUUCAAAUAGCACAGAUUAGCAUUAAAAUAAUAAUAAUUAGCCUCCAAAUCAAAAAAGCUAAAAUGAAAAUAAUUAGAAAUUAUCUAAAUAGCAUGAAAAUUAAAAUAAUGUUUCUUUACAUACUAAUAAUGCUUUAAAUAAAAAUUCAUAUAACAACAGUAAAAGUCUCGAUUAAAACAAUAAUUCAAUUUUUGAAAAUAACAGUGCUACAUUUACUCCACCUGAAUAAUCAAAAUAACAAGCAAAUGAGCAUACUCCUAUAAAAACUAGCUAAAAAAAGUAACAAAUGCACAGUUUACAUCUAUAUCAAGAUGGUGACAAUUAAAGUGAAAAUCCUGUUACAUUUGGAGGAGAACGACACAUUCCAAAAGUAAAAGAGAUAGAUCCUCCUCUUUUAAGUUCUAGAAGUACAAGAAACUCUUAGAGAGGAGGUGGUGUAGUCCCUAUGGUAGUGGCUUAACCUUCAUAACAAAAUAAUUAAGGAACUCCAUAUAAAUCGCUUCAAUUCAGCAAAUACAAUUUACCAAAACUAAACGAUACAUCAUCAUCUAAAAGAGGAGUAUUUGUACAAAAUACAUUUACAAAUUAGUAGAUGAACGAAAAUUUUGAAAACAAUUUGUCUUAAAGAAGUAAUAACACAUAGAUGCAGAAAUCUAUAUUUGAUGACGAAAACUAGUAAUCUGAAGAAGGAUUUAGAAACAAUUCCUAUUUGGCAGAAAGCAGAUUCAAAUCAAAUAACAGUUUUAUAGUGACCACAACUCCUCGUAAUUCUAGUCAAUAAGAAAGGAGAUAAACUCCUUAAAGAGGAAUCUCUCCUUAUAGACAAUAAUAAUACUAACAUUAGCAAGGCUAUGAUUUUCAACCAAAUCACAACAAUCCAGUCAAUCAAUCUUCAGGAAAUAAAGAAUAAUAUUAAAAAAUUAAAGUGUGA